UUUCUGGAUAAACUUCAACUCUUAGCUAAUUUCGCGUAAUACAAGGAUUGUUCCUUGUACGUCGCCCGCUCUCGAUAGAGUACGGCGCACAGUACGGGAAUGGCUGGGCCAGGCUCGCGCUUCAUGCUUGGGGCGCGGUUCUACCAGCGCUCUCCGUCAUCGUACGUGAAAAAAACCCAACGAAAAUAUGGCUCGAAACGAUAACACACUCCGGGAUUCGAUGUGAAAUUGAAUUUCCAUUAUUGGCCUAUCUCGAUUGGCUGCAGGGAAAGACGACAGAGGUCCCCGGUGGUUAUCGGUUUUCGUCCCCGAAACGAUCGAUUUCACCUGCCCUCGGUUUCAGCGCUUUGCAGAGAUGCCAUAAUUAUUUAUUUCGAUCGUAUGGCCUCCGCUAGAAGCGUCGGUACCACGAGCGCAGGUAUAAUUGUCGUACAGGAAAAAAGAUGUGAUUUUGGAAAGUGAGCAAUUAGUCGCGAGGCUGCGUUUCGUCCGUACGUAAUUAUGUUUUGCAUCCACGUAAAGUUCUACGAAACACAUCUCUUGCGUUUAUUUCGGGAUUAGUCAUUUCCAUUUACGCGAUUUUCAGUAAUCUACGUUCUUAGCAAAGGGAAAUACAGAUAGAAGAAAAGUUCUUACUCCAUCGCAGUGCAUAAAUGAGCGAAAUAGCGCGAGGUAAUUCACUACCGCAGGAAAGAGCCAGCAGUACAAGUUUGUGAAGGAUAAAAAAAUACGAUCAAAGCAGUCUUUCGAAACGGUUAUGGAAUUGCUUACAUUGAAUCGGUAGCCAUCUUUUAUUCGAGAAGCGCUCUUGCAGAAGAAAAGGUAGGAGGAAACGGCGAGAUAAGGCGAGAAUGAAUCACACACACACCAUCAUGCAAAGAGUGUAUGCGUGCGCGCGCGCGUGUGUGUGUGUGUGCACGUGGAUUGUUAUUGAAAUAACGGCGCUAACCUGAUGAAAAAAAAGUACUGCAGUGUGUGCGAUAGUGUUGUGCACGGGGUUGAACAUAUGCGUGGAAAUGAAACGGAGCACACUUGGCCCAGUAGUUCACGGCAAGCACAGAGAGACGUCACGUCGUCUGUGGUGCUUAUUUGAUCGUUUUUUUAUUGCAAAAAUUCAGUGUAUCAGUAUCAUGUUUUAAAGAUCACUUCAAACAAAUACAAAAAGCCUAACAUACACACACAAUGAGCGAUCCAGAAGAUCUUGAAGACGGUGAGAUCGAAGAUGAUGAGGAUGAAGUGCAGCCGGAAGAUCCACCGCUGAUUCAACCUACCCCGGAUUAUUAUGCGGAGUACGAGCCGAAGUCUGAAGAUCAUCCUCCGAACAGUGAUGGUGAAGGCAAAGCUCCCGCUCAGACCAACAAUCGAGAAAACACAACAAACCACUCGAACAAAAGUCAACGAUCUUCCAAAAAGCCCGCACCCGUCGUGGAUGACUGGGCGACAAAGGUCGAGAAUGCCAUUGCAAGCGCACUCAUAAAGGAUGGCGUACAGCCACCAAUGCCAUCGUCGGUUCCGCACGGGAAUGAAACCGAGGCCGAUGCACAUUCGGGCUCUUCCAGCCGGAAGUCGAAGAAGCGCAAAAAACAGCACCGCGCCGGUGAGGGACCGCACAACAGCAAGCAGCAACGACUGAGCGGCGAGCCGGAUGAUGAUGGGGAGAUGGAUCUGGAGUACGAAAUGUUAAACGUGCGUGGAAGCAGCCCCCAGCACAUGAUGGGACGGGAUUCGGGUCGAUCCGAUUCGGAGGCAGACGAUACGCAUUAUUCUUCCGAUGAUUCGUCGAUGCGUGAUCGAGAUGGACACUAUCGGGGUAAUCGAAGGGAUCGCGAACAGAGAGAUCGUGAUCGCGAGCGGGAACGCGAUCGGGAACGAGAGCGGGACUACAACCGUAAGAAGCGGAAACAAUCACGCCAGAGAACCAAUAACAGCAAACCGAACCGGGACGGCCGGAAACGAAAGCGUGAUGAUUCGGAUGACGAGAAGCAUAGACCGACGGGACCACGUAAGAUGGAGCUGUGUAAAUUCUACUUAAUGGACUGCUGUGCAAAGCGGGAAAAGUGUCUGUACAUGCACAAAGACUUUCCCUGCAAAUACUACUACCUAGGCAUGAAGUGUAAGGAGAAGGACAAGUGUCUCUUCAGCCACGGUGAGCCACUGUCCGAUGAUCUGCGAGCGAUACUGUUGAAGCAUCUCGAGACGGCACCGCAGGAGAUUCUUGGCAGCUUUCAGCGCAUUAGUCGUGAUAGUGCAAUCAACAUGCUGAAUGCGACCCAUCGCAAACUGCAAGAACGGUACGGCGGUAAGCCAGAUCCCGUACCAGGUGGUGGGGGCGGCAAAAUUCCUUCACUGCUAGAUGUGGUUACGGCACAACCCUCCAACAGCAGCAUGCUCAGUCCAAAGCAUUCCCGCAAGUCUCGCUGGUGUGAGCAGCAGCGACAGGACGAUGGUGGCCGAUCGAGUGAUGGAGAACCGUCCGAAGGUGGUGGUGAUAUGAACAUGCAACUGGCCGGUGUCAUCACACCUGCCCAGAUAAGCGAUCUCGAGCAGAUGGGCAUUAGGACGCUGGACGAUAUCAGUCAGCUUACGGUGGCACAACUGAACGAGCUGGGGCUAAGCAUUACGCAAAUCCAUGACCUGCAAGUGCGGGCUUUGAAUGCGCAAAAGCAAGCAGCUGCUAGUACGAGCAACGAGCGAAGGCGUCCUGCUGCUGUGGUGGUCGAAACGGCGAAAGAUCUCGAUCUGCGUACCCUCCCAGGAGCGGAAGAAUCCAUCACAAAUGCCAACGUACACGACGGUACCAAAAAAGACGUGGAUAUGCGAGUACUUCCAUUAGCUGAAGCCGGUAGUAAGCUAAACAACAGCAACGAUGAGGCAUUGGCGGGUAGUGCCCUUCUUAAGCCACCCACAGUGGAUUAUUCACAGUACAUCAAGGAUUCCAAUUUGGACGAGGAAGACCUCGAUGCGGUAGCAGCCAAUACGAGCUCUUUAUUAAAUGUUCCAGAAGAGGACGAUGAUGACGAUGACGAUGAUGAGAAUCAUUUGAAGAUUAACAUCGAUGAGGAGGAGGAAGAAGAGAAGAAAGAAUCGGACGAGAAUGAUCCAUCGGUGGCAGAGAAGCGAUCCGGCACUGGGAGUAUGGAGGAAGAUCAGGAGGAAAAGAUGCUUCUUCCUCCACUGAUACCACCCAAGAUCGAUUAUGCCCAAGGGCUUGGUGAUAUAUUGAAGUACAGCACUACGAUAGAUAAAUCACUGCAUCAGCAGAACAGUAAUGAAUCGCCUCGAUCGCACCGAUCACCAUCGCCAGCGGCAAAGGAUGAACCGGCUGGAACGCUGCCAGGCCUGUCGGACGUAUGGACACCGUCCAUGGUAGACUCGCAAAGCAGUGGCCAGGGUUACAGUGUUCCACAGCAACCGAAACCAUCGGCUAAAUCCAACACAGCUAAGCAGCGAAGCACCACCGGGUCAUCGAUUUAUGAAUGGUAUGAUUCGGACAAUGCGUCAUCCGAUGGUGGCCGAAGUUCGCCGAUGGCAACACCCUUCCGGUACGGGUCGGAAAAAUUGCUACCGCUAAACAUUGCGGAGGAUGAUCCUUACACUACCGGUAGCAGCAGCAGCAUCAUUGGUCGUGAAGCAUCGAGCGAACUAGGAUUUCCAUUCAAAACGAUGAUGGCCAACUACGUGCCGGCCACCGAAAUAGACGGUUCGAUUGGGUCACACGCACCGAUCAACUAUAAGGUGUAUGUGGUUGACGUACCAAAACCCAACUACGGCACACUCCGUCGCUCGAUGGCACGUCCGGUCGGUACAAAGGAUCCGCGUCUACGAAGACUAUUCGGAUUGCAGAGUGAUGAUGACGAAGACAGGGACGAUACCAGCGAUGGUAUAAAAUCGCCGGAUCCUAACCCGAAUACAUCACCCCUGCACAAUAGCGCACCUUCGCUACCGGUGGCUAACAAACCGCCGGUCAUUAGCAGCGGUCCACGGUUAGAUCCACGCAAGCGGCACGCAGAAAAGCAACAGCAAGAAGCAGCCCAACCGCAGCCGGCGGGUCCGUUUGGCACGAUGAAGAGUACGGCUUCCAAUAACUCCAUGCCGCAGAUCGAUGUACAAGCGAUCCUACAAAAGUCUGUCUGGUAUAAAGAUCUUGGUUCGCAGCACAAGAUCAUGGUCAACCAGCAGCUGGCAAUCUUGUCGACGGAGAUGAAGAAGUAUCACAAUUCUGACCGUUCGACCGCUCAGCUGAGUGAGUUCAUGAAGUUUCUCAGCACGAACAACAUGCUGCAGCAGAUUCUCACCUAUUUGAACGUAUACGUUGACGAUUCCGUCACGUUCUGUGAGGUUCAGGCCGUACCCAACCUGCCACCACCUUCGCUCCCGAUGUCGACGAACAUUCCACCACCGUCGAUUGGCGGACCGAUGCCAUCGAUGCAGUUGCCAAUCCCAAUGCACGUACCGCCCCCGAUCGGUGUGCUGCCAGGAUCGAUGAGCGUACCACCUCCACACCAACCGAACAUGCCUCCAAUGUUUCUGGGCCCCAAAGCCGCUGGUCCCUUUGGACCACCGGAACCACAAACCGGUCCUCCACCUACGGGCAUGAUGCGACCGGGUUUGUUGGGCGUUUCACCGAACAUGCCAUUCGAGCAGUUCCUAGCAAUGGGUAAUGUUAACAAAAAUGACGGUGGUGGACCCGGCAACAAUGGACCACUGCCACCGUGGAUCCAGGGUAAUGGGAACAAUAUGCGAAACAUGCGCAACAACAAUCGCAUCGGGCACAACUUCCGGAACAAUAACGAUCGAUGGAAUAACAAUGGUGGCGGUGGUGGUGGCCCACCGAUGAUGGGUAAUAAUGGCAAUAACCCGGGUGGCCAGGGCAACAACAUGAACAACAAUAUGAAUCGUCGAAACAAUGGCAACAACAACAACAACAACAAUCGACGAAUGGAUCGAAAAAAGUAGAUCAUUUGAGAGAGAAAAAAGCAACCCCGCAAGAGAUUAACCAGCCAGCAGCAGCAGAAAAGCAAUAAGGAAUUUUGGCUAUUACUAGUGCUACUACUACAACUACUACGCUUUGCCCAGUGUGUGUGCGUGUGUGUCGCCCUAAAAAUGAAUGAUAAGAUGAUUGGUGCGAGAAGAUGAGACACAUGGUAAAUAUCGCCAUGUCCGUGUAAAAUAACUCAACUAGAAAAGAAAAAACUUCCUUGCAUUGUCGAUAGGCAAUGCUUUACACAUCGUGAAAUUUUAACGAUGGAUCAAGAGAUUUACUAAGAGAAAUGUCUAAAGGUUAAAGUAGAGAAUAAGAAGGGAGAAGGAACUCACACAAUCAGUUCCUGCUCGACGACGUACAGGUCUUCUUUUCCCGCUUAAGAGAAAUAAAUUAUAUAAUUAUUGUACAUCACCAUUUACCUAUUCAAACCCCGCCCCCGGGCCCGGUGUGAGGAGAUUCACCCUGUGAAUUGGUUUGCUCUAUCAUGAUUCAGUUCACCGGAAGCCUUGCUGUGUAGAGAGAGAUAAUUUAGCGUUGAUUUAUGUACGAUUAGGGGACCUUUCCCGAUGUCUUUUUUGUGCAACAAAAAAGCAGGUUAUGCGAA